AUGACUCCCUGUGACCGAUUGGGUUCGGCAGACCGUCAGGCCGGUGGCAAGAAGCUCAGUGCGAAGUUGAAAGCUGCGAAGAUAAAUGACAUAUAUAGGUACUAUGCUGGUGGUCCGACGACAACGCCUUGUGUGUGCGAAACCUUAAAUUUUGACGCAUUGCGGACGCUGUCGACGCUCCUACGCCGACGAAGAUACCAUCACCCUGCCUGCGGUAUCAAGCAAAGCAUGCUGUACUGUUUACUCACUGCCAAUAUCUCCCCCAGCCCUUCUGACCAUCACGUUCUUGUCAAUCAAUAUGCACAGCACGUCUCGAUGGUCUGGAGCCUGCAUCUUUCCGAUGACAAUGUCGGUCACGUGACACGUGACUCGUGA